CCUCAUUUCUAGCUGUUGCUUCUUGUAGCCUCCAUCCUUUUGAAACAACUGUAAAUAUAUCAUAAAUUGUCAUGAGUGUAUGAUUUUUUAACCGUGUGCUCGGAAUUUAAUUUGAAGCAUCGACAUGGUUUCUUGUAGCUACAAUAUUUAAACCAAUUCAGUUAGCAGUUCUCCUCGGUUCAGAUUUUCCGUAACAGUCAGGUGGCUUUAGCUACACGUUCAACAAACAAACCUCACCACAUAUGUGAUGGCGAGUGUGACCCUUCAGAGCGGUGGCCUGCGGGGCUUGGCCGAGGGUGACCUCCUGGACCCCGAGUUCCAGCAGCGGCUUGAGGACGCGCGCGCCGUACUCCGCCAGGAGAUCCAGCGCGAGCUGAAGAUCAAGGAGGCGGCGGAGCGCCUGCGGCGCGCCGUCACCAACCGGAAGAGCGCCGCCGACGUGGAGGGUCAGUUGCGCGCCUCCAGCCGCAAGCUGGAGCAGCUCCACUGGGAGCUGCAGGAGCUGAACGCACGCGCCAUGGCCACAGAGAGGGAGAGCGGACCGGCCGCUGCCUCGUCUCCGGACCCUUUCCACUGGGAGGACACCACAUCCCCGCUGUCCAGCCGUAUCCGCACCCUGAGGAAACAGCUCACCAUGGAGCUCAAAGUGAAGCAGGGGGCCGAGAACAUCAUCCAGACCUACGCCAGCCGCUCGGUGAAGGACAGGAAGAUGCUGUCCACAGCCCAGCAGAUGCUUCAGGACAGCCGGACCAAGAUUGAGCUGCUGCGCAUGCAGAUCGUGAAAGUGACCCAGGCCAGGGAGGGCGAGCGGGAGGCCACGGCCCCGGACGGCCGACCCUCCGAGACCAUCAGUCCCCUGGAGCUCAGGCUGGAGGAGUUGCGGCACCACCUGCGGAUCGAGGCCGCCGUGGCAGAAGGGGCGAAGAACGUGGUGAAGCAGCUCGGAGGGCGCAGGGUGCAGGACCGCCGGGCGCUGGCAGAGGCCCAAGCCCGUUUGCAGGAGUCCUCUCAGAAGUUGGAUCUCCUGCGUCUGUCCCUGGAGCGACGGCUCGCAGAACUCCCCCAGGACCACCCCAAACGCGCCGCCAUCAAGGAGGAGCUGACGGUGGGCGCCUCGCCCAGUGCCCAGGGCCUACAGAGGGAGCGCCGCCCUUCCUCACCCUCAGCUUCCACAUGCUCGCUCUUCAAACCAGCCAGUCUCACGGGUCACCUGGAGGUCAGGCUCAUGGGCUGCCAGGAUCUGCUGGAGGCGGUGCCGGGCCGCUGCCGCGUGUCCUGCCCCUCCUCCACACCCGGCAGCCCCUCCGAGGCCAAGUCCCUGAGGAUGAGGACCGGCCUGUCCACACGCAGCGCCAACGGCAAGACAGCCAAGGGCGACGAGCUCUCCGCGGAGAUCAGCGCAGUGCUGAAGGUGGAUAACCGCAUGGUGGGCCGCACACACUGGCGGACCGUGGGCAAGGAGGCCUGGGAUCAGAGCUUCACCAUCGAGCUGGAGCGGUCUCGCGAGCUGGAGAUCGGCGUGUACUGGCGGGACUGGAGGGCCCUGUGCGCCGUCAAGUUCCUGCGCCUGGAGGACUUCCUGGAUAACCAGCGGCACGGCAUGUGCCUCUACCUGGAGCCGCAAGGCACGCUCUUCACUGAGGUCAGGUUCAUCAAUCCUGUUAUUGAGCGGCAUCCAAAACUACAGCGGCAGAAGCGUAUAUUUCCCAAAGAGAAAGGUAAAAACUUCCUGCGGGCGGCGCAGAUGAACAUGAACUUCGCCACAUGGGGGCGCCUGAUGAUGAGUGUGUUGCCGCCGUGCAGCAGCACCCUAACGGCCAUGAGCCCACCGCUGGCCGCCCCCGACAUGCCCGCCCCCAGGCCGGACCUUACCCCCCCGCCGUCUGCGGAGAAGACCCCCACCUCCCCGAUCCCUCCCCCCAGAGACACCGCGGUGGUCAAGCUGAACUUCAGCGAGGAGCGACCUCCCAAGCCCCCGCGCCUCUACCUGAGCCCGUCGGCAGAGAGCCCAGGCCACAAGCACUCCAAAGGAAACUCUUCUGAAGCACCCAGAGACCAGGAUCUGCGGCCCACUCGGAAGAGGAAAGAGGACUUGCAGAUGGAUGAUUUUCGCUGCAUCUCUGUCCUUGGCCGAGGUCACUUUGGAAAGGUGCUGCUGGCUGAGUACAAGCACACGGGGAAGCUGUACGCCAUCAAAGCCCUGAAGAAAGGCGACGUGGUGACGCGCGAUGAAGUAGACAGCCUGAUAUGUGAGAAGAGGAUCUUUGAAACCAUCAACGCUUCUAGUCAUCCGUUCCUGGUGAACCUGCACGGCUGUUUCCAGACGUGCGACCAUGUGUGCUUUGUUAUGGAGUACUCGCCCGGGGGAGACCUGAUGACCCACAUACACACCAGUAUCUUUACUGAGCGACAGACCCGGUUUUAUGCUGCCUGUGUACUUCUGGGACUUGAGUUUCUGCAUCAGAACAAAAUUGUUUACCGGGACCUGAAACUGGACAAUCUAUUGAUGGAUGCUGAUGGUUUUGUGAGGAUAGCAGAUUUUGGACUUUGCAAAGAGGGUAUGGGGCACGGAGACCGCACAUCCACGUUCUGUGGAACCCCAGAGUUCCUGGCCCCUGAGGUUCUGACGGACAGCACCUACACCCGCGCCGUGGACUGGUGGGGCCUCGGCGUGCUCAUCUACGAGAUGCUGGUGGGAGAGUCUCCGUUCCCAGGCGAUGACGAAGAGGAGGUCUUUGACAGCAUAGUCAAUGAUGAAGUGCGCUACCCUAGGUUUCUCUCUCCAGAGUCGGCCUCUAUAAUGCAGAAGCUGUUGCAGAAAAACCCAGAGAAAAGGCUGGGCGCGGGAGAGCAGGACGCCAACGAAGUGAAGACGCACAGGUUCUUCCAGGGGCUGGACUGGGAGGCGCUGUUGGCCAAGCGCCUCAGGCCUCCGUUCCUGCCCAGCAUCAAGGCCCCGGCGGACGUCAGCAACUUCGACGAGGAGUUCACGCGCCUCAGACCCGUGCUCACCCCGCCGCACACGCCCUUCUUCCUCACCGCGGCGCAGCAGGAGAUCUUCGCUGACUUUGACUUCUCCUCGCUAAGUUGAGCUUCCCGAGACUCGAAAGGGAGGGCCUUGUGACAGAGCGAGGCUUUGUCCCCAUGCUGCCUGCUCGCGCUCUCUUUCUCUUUUUUUUAAAUUUUUUUUUCUUUCUCAGUGUCUCUACCUCCGUUUUAUCUACCUAUGCAGUGGAGCCAAGUGAAGCUGGCUCACUGUAACCCUUUAAAUCCGCUGCGUGCUUUCAUGCGACUGGCUGCGGAGGUGUGCUUGGAGCUACCAGUGAGUUCUUCCAACACCAGUCCCAGCCUGCUCCCAGCAGGGGAAUAAAUUUGAGCGGUGCUGCUCUGACUCUUUACCCCCCCCCCCCCCCCCCCCCC